GAGCUGUGCCGAGGCACCGCGUCCCUCAGCCCCGCAACUGUUUGUCUUGUAAUCCACAGACAAGAAAAAAGCAGGCAAGUUCCAGCCUUUCAAGAAGCUCUUUGGCAAGAGGAAGAAAAGGGAGCCUGUGUUAGACUGCGAGGAAGCCAAACUGAAGCCCAGCCACUCCUUUGGCAACGUCUGCAAUGGCACCUUCUCCUCCGAUGAAGAGCCAAACGGUGGUCUGAGGUCCUCCUGUUAUUCUAUGGGCAGUCGAGCCUUUUCCCAUGACAGUAUUUUUAUACCUGAUGGGAGAACAGAGAGCGAACAGGCCAUCCAAGCAAUGUCACAGGAGAACGUUCUAGGAAAAGUCAAAACUCUUCAGCAACAGUUGGCCAAGAAUAUAAAAUUUGGGCAGCCUCCACAAAUGACAGUUUCUGUGAGGACAAAGGGGGAGGCAAACACUAGUGUAGAAGAGAAUGUGUCGCUCAGUAGCCCCAUGGAGAUUGAGACUCAGCAGGACACAGUGAUCUCAGACAGCAGCAAUAAAUCCACUGACACUCCAGAUUUGUUGAGAGCAAUGACUUUGCCUGGAAUAGGACAUGAAGUGGAAGAAAAGGUCACUCCAGUCAAAUCAUCUCGGCCAAAAAGACAAUUUUCCUGUUCUGGUACAAUUGAAACAAUCAAUUUGGAUGCUGUUCCCCAGGCUGUUGCUCGUCUAGACAACAGUGCAGCUAAACACAAGCUGGCUGUGAAGCCGAAAAAGCAGAGGAUGUCAAGAAAGCACAAGAGAUUAACAAAGGGAUCACAAAGUUUAACAAUAACAGAAUUUGAGCCAGAAGACCUAGACAUUCAGCUGUAUGGAGACAGAUACCCAGGUUAUAAUGGGCACAUCACAGCAGACAAGCUAAUCCAGAAUGGAGAGGAGCAGAAGAAGCUUCAGCUGUCACAGGAGAAAAGAAUUGAAGAUCACUGGGGGAUCUUUGAGGCUGAAAGGAUAAGGCAGAUUGUAGAAAUGGAAGAACAAAGAGAAAUGGAAGAACAAAGGUGCCAAGAACUUGAGCAGAUGCAAAGAGAGCAGGAGAGAAGGCGUGAAGAAGAGAGGAGGCAGUAUCUCCUUGAAGGAGAGACAUCUUUGAAAAUAGAACAGCAAACAUGCCAUAAAGAGGAGAGAAGACUUCUGGAGACUGAACUGGAGCAGCAGAGGCACCAGCACCUGGAGAAGCAGAGGCAGAAGGAGUUGGGGGCGCAACAGGGACAACAGCUGGAGGAGCAGAAGCACCAGCAUCAGGAGGAGCAACAGAGACAACAGCUGGAGGAGCAGAAGCACCAGCACCAGAAGGAGCAACAGAGACGAGAGCGGGAAGAGCAGAAGCUCCAGGAACAUGAGGAGCAACAGAGACGAGAGCGGGAAGAGCAGAAGCUCCAGGAACAUGAGGAGCAACAGAGACGAGAGCGGGAAGAGCAGAAGCUCCAGGAACACGAGGAGCAACAGAAACAAGAGCAGGAGGAGCAGAGGCACCAGGAUCAGGAGGAGCAACAGAGACGAGAGCUGGAGGACCAGAGGUGCCAGGAACGGGAAGAGCAGAGACAUCAAGAGUUGGAAGAGCAGAAGAAGCAAGAGCUAGAGGAGCAGAAGCAUCAGGAAUGGGAAGAGCAGAGGCACAAGGAGCUGGAGGAGAAACGGAGACGAGAGCUGGAGGAGCAGAAGCGAAUAGAGCUAGAAUUAAGGCAACAUGAGAUUGAAAAACAGCAUCAAGAGGAAGAAGAAACAAAUCAGCUGGAGGAACAAAAAAACCUCAAGGAACAAAAUAAGGAAGAAAAACAGACACAAGAGCAAGAAGAGAAAGAGCUUCGAGAAGCUGAAAUAAACCUAAAACAGGAGAAAGAAGCUGAGAGCCUCAAACAACAGAAGAAACAAGAGGAACAAAGGCAGCAUUUGAAGGAGAAAGGAGAAAAGACAGAGAAGGAACAACCCCAGCAACUAGUGGAUAAGAAAAAGAAACGGGAAGAGCAGAGAAAACACAAGCUCACAAAACAAAUGCACAUGGAAAGUGCAGAGGAUGUGCAACAAGGUGAACGGAAGCAGCAAAAGGAACAAAAUGAGCAAGAAUGGAACAAGCUGGAAGAGCAGAAUGUAGACACAGAAGGUCAAAAUCUUCAGCAAAAGCAACAAGAAAAAUCCUUGGAACAGCAAGAGGACAAGGAUCAGUUGUGUCCUGGAUGGGCUGAUAGUCAUCCAGUAGAGGAGAAGCUCUACGAAGGAUCAAGAUCCCCAAAACUCAAACAGCCAGGAAAAGAGAAUAAAACAGCAGAAGAAAUCCUAGCCCAGAAACUGAAGAGAGAAGUUGAAGCUCAAGAGCAAAAGCGAAUAGGGGAGGAACUUAGGUGGCAAGAGGUAGAUGAAAGACAAACUGCAUCCAGACCCUUUACAUUUCAAGUGUCUUCUGGAGAUAAACAGAUCAUAUUUCAGAAAGUAAAUCUGAGUCCAGUCAUGCCUGUGAAAGGAGCAGGACUCUCUUCUCCAUCCGUCAAAGACUGCAGGAUGCACACUGCCAGCAAGGGCUCUCACACACUCCCAUCAUCUGUGUGUGUACCCCAUACAGCUAUUUUGGUCACUGGAGCACAGCUGUGUGGCACAGCAGUUAACUUGAACCAGAUAAAGGACACAGCUUGUAAAUCAUUACUUGGCUUAACAGAAGAGAGAAAAAAUGUGGAUAUUCCUUCACCAGAGAAGGCCCUGAAAAAAACCCAGGAUCCCAAACCCAGCAGCAGUAAAAUGAAGUAUGCACAGGAGGCAUUGAACAACCAGGCCGUGCUAGCUGAGUGGGCUUCUAUCCGCUCCAGGAUCCUAAAGAACGCAGAAAACAGCAAAUACAAUGAGAGAGACCGAGUAAGUGUCUGCAGACACAGUGAUGACUGGACACCUCGAGGACGGGGUGCUCCCCAUGGUAACUUGAGGAAAACCCUCUCUGCAAAUGCAAAGUUCUCGAUAACACCAGCAUGGCAGAAAUUCUCAGAAGCUUCAAAAACCAAUUCAGACACUGAAAAUGUAAGUACAGCCAAAGGCAAUGACACAGUGGCUGUGGGAAGAAUCACUGCCUCAUCCCCUGACUCGAAGGAGGAUGUGGCUUCCAUUUCUAGGGAUAACUUAGCUGAAAAGGCUAAGGAGAAAAUGGAAACCCAUAGUGAAAUGACAGACAACACAGACGGCUGUAAAUUUGCAAAAGAUCUUCCAUCUUUCCUUGUUCCAUGUUUUCCUCAUUCUCCAGGUAAAGACUUACCCCAGCCAGAACUUCCCAGUGCUCUGGAAAAUCAGCAGAAUAACAGCACAAAAGAAGCAGAUAAACCAGCACCAAAUGGAGAAGAAAAUGUUUCCCCUUUUGGGAUAAAGUUACGAAGGACAAACUACUCUUUACGUUUCCAUUAUGAUCAACAGGCAGAGCAAAGGAAAAAGAAAAGAUACAGUGCGGGAGACAGUUUUGAUGGUGUGCCUGACCCACUACUUACAACAGAAGGUGAGAAAGAAUCCACUGGUUUUGUUCCACAGGAGAGUACAUCGCCUGGCACUGGAAGAGUGAACGUCCCUGGUAAUUUAAAAGACUCAAAAGCCUCUUCAAUUACUGUGAUAGAGAUUUCACAACCAGCAGGCACACCAGUAGUCCUACCAGCCACUGGCCAGAGUGCUUCACCCCCUCAUGAGAAACCAGCAUGCAAGUCACUGGUCUCACAGAAACCUGCUUUGGCUCCCAAGCCCACCAGCCAAACACCGCCAUCGUCUCCUCUCUUUAAAGUGAACAGAUCAAACCUAGCUGAUACACUGGGGCAAAGGCUGGCUAAAGCUGAAUCAGAUGGUGGCUGGAGAAAAGAAGACAGAGCAAAUGCUGUACACCCUGCCCCGUCCAGUGAGAACAAAAAUGAUGAGGAGGAAAUCAGAGAAAAGAAGUCAUUUUUCCCAUCUAUAAGUAUUCCAUGGAGAGAAAAAAAUGACAAAAAGCCUGAGCCACUGAAGAAAGAAAAGCCAAUCCUCCAGAGCAGGCACUCUUUAGAUGGCUCUAAAUUGAUGGAAAAAGUUGAAACUUCACAACCACUUUGGAUUACAUUAGCACUGCAAAAGCAAAAGGGAUUUCGUGAGCAGCAAGCUACGAGGGAAGAGAGGAGACAAGCCAGAGAGGCAAAGCAAGCAGAGAAGCUGGCUAAAGAAAAUGCUGCUGCAAAUUAUCAGUCAGAUAAUAAAACCAACAGCAGCAAAACAAGCACACUGCAGAAAUCUACACCUCAGGAAGGAGAGAAGAAAAUUGAGACUGCUGUAUCAAGACUAGAAAGAAGGGAGCAGCUAAAAAAGUCAAACACCCUUCCAACUUCUGUGACAGUGGAAAUUUCAGAUUCUGUUCCAUCAGCCCCACUGACAAAGGAGGUGGCCAAGAGAUUCUCUACACCUGAUGCUAACCCUGUGUCAACAGAACCAGCCUGGCUUGCAUUAGCCAAGAGGAAAGCAAAAGCCUGGAGUGACUGUCCACAGAUCAUAAAGUAAAUUGUAAAAUUAAAUCUCUCCUGCUAUUAAUUUUUCUUUUUCAGCUUUUUACACAUGACAAAACUGAAAAUGCAUGUACUGAAGGACUGAAAACUGAACCGAUUACCAUUUUGCUCUAGCUCACUGUAAAGUCUACUCAAGUCAUAUAUUCCAUUGCUUUGACAAAUAGCUAAAUGAGGUCACAGCAAAAAUUUCAGAGCCAGACUCUCAAAAAUUUAAGAAUGGUCAGAUACUGGAUGUAAAUUUUAGCAAGUAUAAUAAUAAGGGCCAGAACUCAAGUUCAGAAGCUCCUUAAAUUCUGUGGGUAUUUGGUUCUGGAAUUUUAGAUCUCUACACUUAAGUGGAGAUUUCAAAAUUUUUUUUCAACACUCCACUGUUGAAAACUAAGGCAAGAUGCAUGUUCCCUUCUCUUACUCGUAAAUCCUUUUAAGUGUUAAAUUGUAUGAACUGUCAGUUCUACCUGCUAUUUGAAAGCUUCUUCCCUAA